UCAUGGGAAUUUCUAUCUAAGCACUUAACCAGCAAUUUACGCUCCCUCUCUUUGGUCUAGGUGGCUCUAAAAUAACAACAAAGGCUACAAUAAUUGAAAGUCGCCAGACUUGAAAUAGACUGCAGCCUUCUUCCUUCCCAUCUGCUUAGAAUCUUUGUCCUAUUCAUCUUCCUUACACUUCCCUGGGUUCUCUGACAUCUAGAUUCUAACGGUGAGUUGUGAGAAGCAACCCGGAAAACGGAAUGGUGACUCCAGUUUGUUCAAAGCGAGCUGUAUUACCCCGCACAUUGCAUGGGAAAAGAUAGUUGGCUCGGGUCUAGACGACUCUGUCGUCUACCACUUGUGGAGCCUUAGAUAAGUCAGUUCGUAUCUCUGGCCCUCCACGGUCUCGGUCUUGUCAUCUUUUACAUGGAAUAUGAUGAAAUUUACAGUAUAUUGCAGGAACUGCCUCCGGUAAAGGCUUCUCGGAUUCGGUAGGUCUCAGUCGAUCCCUCUGAGGAAGGCCGCACCCUAAAUGCACAGAAUGUGACUCUGAGGGGGUGGGGUCGGGGAAUCUACAUUUUAGUAGCUUCUCAGGUGAUUCAGAUGCUCAGUCAAGUUUGAGAAACCACGACUCUUCCCAGCCCUCCUGUUCUCUGAUCCACUUCUCUGCUUCCUCCUGGGGAUUCUCCAGUUCCCGCACAACAGGAGCGAAGGGAACAGACGAGAGCAAGCACCGCCAACUAGCGCAGGUCCAGCCGAGCGGCCGACCACCCCUUCCCCCGGCGCCAGCCGGCUGGUUACAUAACGGAUCUCGAGGCGCGCUCUCGCGAGGUUUCCACCGCCCCCUCCUCGCUCCACGUCAGAGGGAAUCGGGCGGAGCAGCCAACAUGGCGGAACGCAGGAGACACAAGAAACGGAUCCAGGAAGUUGGUGAACCAUCUAAAGAAGAGAAGGCUGUAGCCAAGUAUCUUCGAUUCAACUGUCCAACAAAAUCCACCAAUAUGAUGGGUCACCGGGUUGAUUAUUUUAUUGCUUCAAAAGCAGUGGAUUGUCUUUUGGAUUCAAAGUGGGCAAAGGCCAAGAAAGGAGAGGAAGCUUUAUUUACAACCAGGGAGUCUGUGGUUGACUACUGCAACAGGCUUUUAAAGAAGCAGUUUUUUCAUCGGGCACUAAAAGUAAUGAAAAUGAAAUAUGAUAAAGACAUAAAGAAAGAAAAAGAUAAAGGAAAAGCUGAAAGUGGAAAAGAAGAAGAUAAAAAGGGCAAGAAAGAAAAUAUAAAGGAUGAGAAGACAAGAAAAGAAAAAGAGAAAAAAAAAGAUGGUGAAAAGGAAGAAUCCAAAAAGGAGGAAACUCCAGGAACUCCCAAAAAGAAGGAAACUAAGAAAAAAUUCAAACUUGAGCCACAUGAUGAUCAAGUUUUUCUGGAUGGAAAUGAGGUGUAUGUAUGGAUCUAUGACCCAGUUCACUUUAAAACAUUUGUCAUGGGACUAAUUCUUGUGAUUGCAGUAAUAGCGGCCACCCUCUUCCCCCUUUGGCCAGCAGAAAUGAGAGUAGGUGUUUAUUACCUCAGUGUGGGUGCGGGCUGUUUUGUAGCCAGCAUUCUUCUCCUUGCUGUUGCUCGAUGCAUUCUAUUUCUCAUCAUUUGGCUCAUAACUGGAGGAAGGCACCACUUUUGGUUCUUGCCAAAUCUGACUGCUGAUGUGGGCUUCAUUGACUCCUUCAGGCCUCUGUACACACAUGAAUACAAAGGACCAAAAGCAGACUUAAAGAAAGAUGAGAAAUCUGAAACCAAAAAGCAACAGAAGUCUGACAGUGAGGAAAAGUCAGACAGUGAGAAAAAGGAAGAUGAGGAGGGGAAAGUAGGACCAGGAAAUCAUGGAACAGAAGGCUCAGGAGGAGAGCGGCAUUCAGACACGGACAGUGACAGGAGGGAAGAUGAUCGAUCCCAGCACAGCAGUGGAAAUGGAAAUGAUUUUGAAAUGAUAACAAAAGAGGAACUGGAACAGCAAACAGAUGGGGAUUGUGAAGAGGAGGAGGAGGAAGACAGUGAUGGGGAAACACCUAAAUCUUCACAUGAAAAAUCAUAAUCUGACUAAUUUGGGGACUGAUUGAAUAAGUACAAGAGGUUGGAUUUUCUAUGUUGGCUGAUUAUUAUAUUAAACACAUGGCAUUUGUAGCAUUCUUUAAAUUCUGUUUACUGAAAUGUAUUUGACAUUCAAGCAGUUAUAUUCAGUCCUUCAUUUUAUAGAAUAUUGGCACUAUUAUUGGUACAGUUUAAAGCCAUUAAUACAUUUUAUCCAUUUGAUAAUUUUACAGUAAGUAGGUCUCAUUCAUUUUGACAGUUAUCAAAUAUGUACUUUCCACAGUUAAAUUUACAUUGGCAUUUUUGAUAGUGGUAUGGCUUUUUACUGUUAGACUAAUCAAAAAUAACUUUAAAAGGAACAAAGAAACUCCAACAUUUCAGAUUAUGCAUAGUUAUGUAGCCAUUUCACAGUUUCUUUAAGAUGCAUAAAUUCAUUGUUCUUGAUAGUUAAGCUUUUAUUUUUCGUUAUAAAAUUAUACCAGGAAAUUUCUUAAGACUCCGAGUUAGCAGAGUUCAAAACUGUUUUAUGGAAACAAGCCAACUAGUAACAAUCCAGCAACACUUCUAGUUUAGCUAAAUCCUUUUUCCAAUGUAGGAAAUCCACACCGAUUUGUACGUCUGAUUCAGAGAAAGAUGGUCAUCUCCAACAGAGAAGGGGAACAGCACUGGUUGGAAGGUGAUGGCUCUCCCUCCUCCCUCCCUCCCCAAUUCGUUGUCGUAAAGUAAAGUGUAUUCUGUACAUAAUUUACAAAUAAAACAUUUUAUUUUAAUUGUUACUUAUUAUUUAGAUAUUUCUCAACCCUUAAAUUCGUAAAAUUAAGACCAUGUAAGGGUAUGUUUUUAGAGAAAUGGAAGUUUCAGUAACCCACAACAUCUAUGAUCUUUCUACAGCAGCUUCAGUUUUGUGCCAACAUUCCAUGUAUUUUGAAUAUGAGCAAAAACUGAUCUUUAUUAAAUAAGAGCAGACUUAAAGUAGCUUUGUACGCCUUAAUGUUUAUUUUGAUUUAUUUUAAACCUUUACAUUCAAAAAUGAGAUACUGUAUUAUCAGACCAGGAGGCAUUGCUGUGAAAGAUAAUUUCCUAUUCUAAAAUACCAAAUUUAAAAUAAAGAUAAUAAAAUAAAACAGAGAACUAUUGGACUCUAAUUGCUUUGAACUAGUUUUGCAGUUUGAUUUUAUGUCUUGUACAUCUUAGUUACAAGUCUUUUGGAAAACUCUUGUUUACUUAUGAGCAUAAUCAUUCCUUGGAGUAAUACUUUUAUAAACUAAUAAUGAAUAUUAAAUGAUUUUCCUUCAGUCACAGUGAGAGCAUUUUGCUUUGUGGUUUAAAUAGGUAGUGUAUGUAAGUCUUUUCUUUAGGCUGUUUCUCAUCUAAGUGUUUGAAUUGAAGAUGUUAAAUUUUUCUAAUUGUGAAAAAUACAUUUUUUGUAUCAUUGACACAUUUAUUAUUAAACAUGGCUUGAUUCCUUCUUUAUAGUAGUCCCUGUAAGUGGACAGAAAUAUGGCUAUUGAUGUUAAUGCAACUAUGUCAAGGCUGCAGUCACUUUAAGAGUUCAUUUUUAGCGAAUGUUCGUUAAGUGCCUGGGUAUUUUCCCCUCCCACUCUCAGAGCUCUACUACUUUAUUUCCACAGUAAGCAUAUAUAUAAUGAUGGUUUCUGAGUUUCUUUACAGUAACAUUGAUACCUAUUUUGGGGUAUAAAAGUGGUGUUUUUUCAGAAAUGAAAAUGAUUUUAUUCACUUUUACUUUUCUUUGAUCAUACCCAGGCACUCAAUAUUUAUCCUGAAAUUUUUUAUAAUAUAUGUACUUUGUUCUAGUCUUAAAGACAUUUGGAGCAUGGCCAACAGGAAAGUCAGCUUCUUACUGAUGUGUGUGGAUUCUUACAGAAUGUUAGUACAAAUUUUUAUAAAUAUUUGGUGAUCCCUGGGGGGAAAUAUCAUUCUUACUACGGUUAGAAAGUGAAUUAGAAAUUUCAGCUCAGUUUCUCUUUUACUAUUCAAGUUGUGUACUUUAAACAAAUAUAAAAAUCAAAGGCUGCCUCUACUACAGUCCUCAGUGGAAUAGAUGGCUGUCUUUCUUGGCUAACAUUAAAUAUUCUUGUACCAGAGCAUGGAAAGUUAUUUAUAAUUGUUAAUAGAAUGGUGAUUUUUUUUAAAAGAACUUCAGAUUUGCUAUGCUGCUGUAAGUAGAAGCACGAAGCUUUUUGAUCAUGUAGGGUUUAUUGUAGAGGGUAUCAAUUGGCCUAACUAAGCAGGAUUGAAUUUACCAGAGGCUAAAUUCAGAUGGUAAGAAUAAUGCGUAUGUGAUUGUUCUUAAAGUCAAUGUAUUAAAUAAGGUAUUUUUCCUUUUCCCUCUUACUGGAUUCUUUAAUUUUCAAACCAUAUGUCCUAGAUAGCGUUAAUGAAAUAAUAUAGAUUUAGUUGAAUACUAUUCAGGAAGUAAUAAAUUUUAAUAUAUCACGUUGAAAUUAUGCAGUGGUGAUGGAUUUUGGUGUUUCUUCCCUCUUUCUGGUUUUACAUCAUGAGUAUCAAUUAGCUUCUGACAAAAAAAAAUCUUGUGUCUUUUGUAAAUUGAAUUUUUUUAAAUCUUUAUUAGGAACUGGAAAACAGCAAGUAUGGUUGAUUCUCAUUUUCAAGAUAGUUAUGUUCUGUAAAGUCACUGCAAACACUGAAUUAGCAAAUACAGAACCUAGGGGAAAUACAGGGCUAGGCUUCUGCAAGCCACUGGUCACAUUUUCAUCAAGCAGUCAACACGUAAGUUUCUGUUGUAAAGACACCUUAUUUAAUACAGUUGAUUCAUUAACACUGAAGUCAUGACCAACAACACUGUAACUCAUGCCUGAAUGAAGCUUAUCUGACACAGAAGCUUCAUAAGGCACAUAACAGCCUUUUUGCCCUUAGCACUAUGCUUGGGGGCCAUUUUAAACAAUGAAAUAAAAAAAGAAAACAAAUGCAGAAACCGUGGUAUUCAAGUAAAAAGGACACAUUUACAGUAUGAGAGCUGGAACAUGGCCUUGUUCAACCUCAGCGGAGAAUAUGUUGAAGCUCAGCAAGUUUUCUGCCGCACUGCAAAAUUCAGGUUAGGCAAAUUCACAAAUACGGAAUCCGCGAAUAACGAGGAUCAACUGUACCAACUGUACUUAACUAUGUUUUAAAGCUGUGACAUUUAUCUACCUGGUUUAUGGAAUAGAAUUUUUUGCUGAAUCAUGCUCUAGUAUUUUGAGUGACAUUUUAAAUAUCCUAUAUCUGAAAGUAAUUCCUAAUUGUGUAGUAGAUGAUUUGCUUUUACUGUUUCAGGUCUCUGUUUAUUCACUCAGUAAUACUGAGCAGUUAACCAUGUACCAGAAUUUUACUAGGCACAACAAUGAAUAAAAAUACAAUUCUA